CGCAGCCCGAGUCGGAGGAGGGAGAAACCAGCGAGAAAAUGGCGGCCGUGGCUGCUGAGGCGGCGGCGACCGCGGCGUCCCCCGGGGAAGGGGGCGCCGGCGAGGCCGAGCCGGAGCUAGAGCCCAUUCCCGGCAGCGAGGCCGGCACCCCCCUCCCGGUCACGGCCACGGAGGCGGCGGUGCCGGACGGCGAGGCCGACGGGCGCCAGUCCGCCCCUCAGGCCGACGAGCAGCCGCUGCCGCCACCGCCGCCGCCGCCGCCGCCGGGGGAGCUGGCCGGUAGCUCCGAGGCUGAGGAGGCGAAGCCGCCUGAGCCCGCGGCUGUCCCGGUCCCGCCGCCCGAGCAGCCCCCGGCCGCCCCCGAGCAGCUGGAGGACGCGCCGCGGCCACCGCCGGCUCCGGCGCUCGUGCCGCCGGCGGGCGGAGACUCAGCGGUGUCGCACCUCAUCCCCGGCUCGGAGGUGCGGGUCACGCUGGACCACAUCAUCGAGGACGCGCUCGUCGUGUCGUUCCGCCUCGGGGAGAAGCUCUUCUCCGGGGUCCUCAUGGACCUGUCCAAAAGGUUUGGGCCCCAUGGGAUCCCUGUGACAGUAUUUCCCAAAAGGGAAUAUAAGGACAAACCAGACGCCAUGCAGCUCCAAAGUAACACAUUCCAAGAAGGGAUAGAAGUCAAGCGGGAAGUGAACGGUGCUGUUCCCGAUGACCUUUCUCCAGUCCCUCCUCCUGAGCGCCUGUGGACUUCCAAACCACCUCCUCUCUUUCACGAAGGAGCACCUUAUCCUCCCCCCUUGUUUAUCAGGGACACAUAUAACCAAUCAAUACCUCAACCGCCUCCUCGGAAAAUUAAACGACCCAAACGAAAAAUGUACAGGGAAGAACCCACUUCAAUAAUGAAUGCAAUUAAGCUACGGCCCAGGCAAGUCCUGUGUGAUAAAUGUAAAAGCAGUGUUGUUGCAGAAAAGAAGGAAAUUAGAAAAGGUAGCAGUGACUCUUCUAGGUAUGAAGAUAAAAAACGGAGAAAUGACAGUGUAGCUACUGUGAACAAAAAACUGAAAACUGACCAUAAAGUGGAUGGGAAAAACCAAAACGAAAGCCAGAGAAGGAACGCUGUGGUGAGGGUUUCCAGUAUCACUCACAGCAGGGGCAGAGUAGUCAAGGUUUCUGCUCAGGCAAAUACAUCAAAAGCUCAGUUAAAUACCAAGAAAGUGCUCCAGAGCAAGAACAUGGAUCACGCAAAAGCUCGGGAAGUAUUGAAAAUUGCCAAAGAAAAGGCACAAAAGAAGCAAAGUGAAACUUCCACUUCCAAAAACACACACUCGAAAGUCCAUUUCACACGUCGGUAUCAGAAUCCUAGCUCAGGGUCUCUCCCACCUCGAGUGCGUUUAAAACCGCAAAGGUACAGGAAUGAAGAAAAUGACUCUUCUCUGAAGACAGGGCUGGAGAAAAUUCGGAGUGGCAAGCUGGCCCCUAAGCCGCAGUCUAGAUGCACCUCCACCCGCUCAGCAGGUGAGGCCCCUUCAGAAAAACAGAGUCCCUCAGAAGGCCCAGAAGAGUCCGCCAGUGAGGUUCAGGACACAAGCAGAGUGCAUGUGCCUGGUCUCAACAAAUGGCAGCUAUUACAUCAGACAGUGACGAGUCCUGCUGCUCCCUUACAGUGUCUGACAGACCACUGUGGAUUCAGACUGGGAGCAUUGAAGUUAACAGUGAAGCGGGCAGCACAAAGGCAUUAGCAGACUGCUGGUUUCUUGGACGUGUACCACAGUGACAGAACAACAGAGCAACAGGACUGAAUAAGAUUGGAGCUUUAAGCUGCACUAAGAAGUAAAUGUAAAGGCAGUGACUAAAACCAGUCAUCUACACAGAGGCAGUUGCAAGGUAGAAUGAAUGGAAGAAAAGGUAUUAGGGAAUAUUUUAUAUAUAGAGAAGAAACAAACUGCUGCAAUAAAUUAUGCAUGAGGUGAGGAGAAAGUGGUAUGAGCAAUGUGCAGGACGCACUGAGUGGCGCGGAGGAGCCACUGACAGUAGCUUCUCUUGAAUGUGAACAGUAGUUUGGACAGGCCUGCCAGCCAUGGGAUGGUGCAGAAAUGCACAAUUGUUUGCAUACCUAACCUUUGUGCUUUCUCCAAGGAUUAUGUUUAUCAGUUCAGAAGUGAGCAGAGGUGUGUUUAAAAUGGCACUCCAGUGAAACAGCAAUGGUCACAUGUGCUAAGGCCAGUGCUUCCUUCAGGGUGCCAGUAGGAGCAAGAGGAAGAUGAGCUGACAUCCUGCUGAAAGGAUGGCUAAGUGCCCCGCCCCACCCACAAGUAAAAUGUGGAUCUUUUAAUAAAACAGGGCUGUAUUAUCUUGGAUAUAUGUUUGCUUGUUAGAACAUAUUAAGAUGUAUUUAUUUGCCACUAGUAUUUAACAUUUUGUGCACAUUUUCAUAACUACAUUCAUACCUUUUCAUAUUUUGACUCCCAAGUGGAUAGGCUAGUGUUGAACUUGGAAUGAAAUCAUACACUCCCAAGAACUAGCUCAUAAUUCUGAGCUGGACAGGCUUUUAUUAUUGCCUCUUCCUUACUGAGUGGUGCUGUUCAGAAAAGCUGACAGCAUCGGUGUUGAUCUGGACCUCUUUCCACAGCCAGAAGCCCCUCCUUCUCAGUGCAGGAGAUUCUUACAGGUGUCAGGGAGCACUUGGCCCUGGGGAACAAGUGGCAGAAACAUCCAUGAAAAUAGCCUAAACUUUUGGUGCAUGGAACAUGAAUUCUUAACAGAGACCACAAAUUUUCCUUGUCUUUGCUAAAUACAUACUAUGAACCCCCUUACUUUUUCUUGUCUAAUGAAUGGAGAACACAUGAGAAAAUCAGAUGGACCUGUUAGUACUACAUUUUUAAAGCAUUUUAUAUUUGAUGGUGCCGUAAUUUUAAUAAUAAAACUGAAGAUUUUUAGUGGCAAUACUGAUUUAUUUUUUAAACCAGAAAGAUAACAUCAUAUUGAUUACUUAUUACAAAAAGAAAAAAAAAAAGAAAAAGAAAAAAAAAAAAAGCCAAAACUAAAAAAGAACUAACUCAUAGUACUCAUUCAAAGCAACACAAGUGACGAGUGAGCACUCGGCUCGAGAGCUCACUUCCUGGGAUCUUCCUGUGUGGGUGAGCGUGCCCAGCAGCCCACUGCUCAGGGUUAGGAAGUGCUCUGCGUGGGGUUUUUAGAUCAUUUACUAUACCUGACUGUGAUUUAAUUUCUAACUCAAGAAGAAAAGCCGGGUAGUCUGGAGUCUAGUGAGCUUAAUUCCGAUCCUAACACACUGCAAGUGCUGGGAAGUCCUGACUGCAUCUUACAGUGAUCUCUUUGGAGACUUCACAUCAUGACAUCAUCUUAUCAAAUGGGCUCAGGAACUAUAACAGCAGGGAGCUGUAGAAGACUUGACUCACAGCUCCAGGCUCUGGGGUCAGUCUCGUCUGAGACCCCAACACCAGCAGUACCUUUCAUGCUCACUCAGGAACCAGUGUCUCCCAAGCCAUGUGGAAUUAUGCAUGGAUCAUAUCAGGAAGACCUUUAAGCUUUAGAAAUCUUUAUUUGUAGAGUGAUGGAAUUGACCAAAAAAUAAUAUUAAAAAGGCAAAAGCACUGGGAGAGAUCAGGCUUUAAGACUCUACAUAUUUUUUUUUCCUCAUGGCAAAUCCUUAAAGGCCUUUUAUUACAAAUUAGAUUUUCAUUAAAAGAAGAAAGGACACUUGGUGGUAUUUAAAAUCUAGGCCUACCAUGUUACAACUUCAUUUUUAUUGCUUUAGUUGCUUAAUAUUUAAGCUCUGCUUCAUGCUACCUUUUGUCUGUAUUAAAGUCUUCACAGGCCUAUUUCAUUUGUAGACUUGAAUUGUUUCUCACCUUCCAUCUGCUCGGAGUUAAAUGUUAAAGAAUGUUGUGUAACGUUAUCCAAUAAAGUCUUUGAUUUUUUUUUUUUUUUUU